GUGAGCCAUAUAAACUGGAAUGUCAGACCUGAACAGUCACAGAACGUCCUUGAGCCUGGUUUCAGAUUCUGAAGCAAGGGGAUAAGAAUGGGCAAACUGGACAUCUGACAUCUGCUACAAAGGACAGAGGACAACACACUGCCGGUUCUGAAGCAAGGGAUCAUCAACUUGGACUUCGACAAUGGACACAGGACAAAACACUGCUGUCCUUCUGGAUUUUCUGUCCAAGCUUGGACUGCAGAAAUUAUAUCCCAACAAGCUCACCCUUCAAUCCCUGAUGGAGAUCAACAAAAGCAGUAUGUGCAAUGAAGCUGUGGAAUCAGCAGCAGCAAUACCAUGGAGUUUUCUUAGAAAAUUGUUCAAAAUAAACACAGAAUGCAGGAGAUGUACCCAUUUAUUGAACAAUGAUGAGGAACAAGAUAUGCCUGACCUGGACUUUGAUUUUACUGAUGACAUUUCUGCACAGGAUAUUAACAUCAACCCUCUUGAUCUCAUUGUAGCACUUUUUCUUUGUGCUGACAGCUUUUUGCAGCAGGAAAUGGCCCUCAAGAUGUCAAUGUGCCAGUUUUCUAUCCCAUUGCUGCUACCACAUGGGAAUAACAGUCAAUGUACUCUCAUGCUGUGGGCUCUGAGAGACAUCGUCAAAGAAUGGUGUCCACAUGAUUUGUCAGAAUCAAAAGGGUUUGUGGAACACAACAUUGUCCAGGCAAAUAUACCACUAAUUUCCUUUGUGAGGCUCAAGGACAGUACUUUAUCAAAAUCACAAAUCCUUAAUCAUGUUCUCAGUUCAGGCCAACAGAAUCAUCAUGUCUUCAUCCACAGAGAACUGGAAGGAGGCACAUUUCCUCGAAAAAUUGCCAAUGGAUUGGUAGAGGUUGGUUGGUACCUUCCAUGUGGUAGAGAAAGUCUUGACACGUUUCCAGAGCCAGUUGCUUUUGGCAAUUUGAGAGGAGACAUUUCCAAGUCACUGGCACAAUUUAUGUUUCUGUUUCAUGUAUCCACUGCUACUUUUUUGUUCCUGGACAAAAUUGAAGAAUCCGAGGCAAAGAUUUUGUCUUCUCUCGAAGAAGUUAAGUCCAAACUGUUUUUGGUUGUUAAUCGUAAAGAAGGCAGUGAUAAAGACAUGGUAUUUGUCAAAAAUAUAAUCAAGGCCCUAGACUUAGAAAACAGUCAUGUAAAAACCAAAGAUACAAGGUCAAAUACUGCAGAGUUUUCAAAGAAAAUUUGUGCAGUCAUCAGGACAUUACUGACCAAUGUAGAAACAUCAAUUAACAUCGUAAAUAUGAGUGAAAAAGCAGUUGAACUUGGUCUGUCUGUGGAUGAAUGCAAGAGUGAGCUCCAAAAACAAGCAGCUGGGGAGAUCAUGAAGGGAAUUGGUGUGCAAACUAUCCCAGACUACAAGAAACAACACCUUCCAUUGCAAGGUGACAACUGGAAAAGGUUAUCACAGUUAGAAAAAGAGGAAUGUAGACUGAAGAAAUGUGCCGGCAAAGGACUGGAACAAUAUAAAUCUGAACUACAGGCAGAACAAACACAUAUUAAGGAGAUGCAAUGCAAGUACAAGCUGUCCAAGGCAAUGGGGAGUUUUAUUAGACACAUGUCAACGAGUGACAAAGAGAAAAGACAUUUUUUCCUUAAGUGGAUGAAACUCAAACUCAAUGCAUUUUCAAGGGAUAAAUUGUCAAAACUGCGGAAUAAAUUCAAAGAGCACUGCAAGGAGAAAAAUGCCAAACUCAUUGCAGAGUUAGAUCAAGCUCUUCUAGAUAGCUCUUUGGGAAUAGAGCAUUACUUGAGAGAGAUGGGACUAAUAUAUGAAGUGUCCUUGCAGUCACAGCAGACUCUUCCUGACAUGUCUCACCUGCCUGGUUUGGCUGCUGAAAUGUUGUUGGAUGGAUGCCCUUUGGAACUGUUGGAUGGAGAUGCUUCCAACAUCCCAGUGAUAUGGGUGACAGAUGUACUAAUGGAGCUUCACAAGAGGGUUGGUGGGAAGAGCAAAUUGUUAGUGUUGACUGUACUCGGUGUUCAAAGCACAGGAAAGUCAACAUUACUCAACACAAUGUUUGGAGUACAGUUCCCUGUCAGCAGUGGAAGAUGCACAAGAGGAGCUUUCAUGCUGUUCCUCGGAGUUGGAGAAGAUUUGAAAAGUGAGCUGAACUUUGACUUUAUUCUCCUCAUUGACACAGAGGGUCUAAAAUCUCCUGAUUUGGCACAACUGGAUGAUAGUUAUGAGCAUGACAACCAGCUUGCAACUCUUGUAAUUGGUUUAAGUGAUAUCACCCUCAUCAACAUUGCCAUGGAAAAUGCAACAGAAAUGAAAGAUGUCCUGCAAAUUGCAGCUCAUGCCUUCUUGAGAAUGAAACAAAUUGGGAAGAAACCAGUUUGUCACUUUGUUCAUCAAAAUGUUGCUGGAGUUUCAGCUCAUACAAAGAACAUGGCAGAGAGAAAGCAUCUCUUGGAUCAGCUCAAUGAAAUGACACAGGUUGCAGCUGAAAUGGAGAAGCAGCACUCUGUAAACGCUUUCACGGAUGUGCUAGACUAUGACAUGGAGAAAAACAACUGGAACAUCCCAGGACUAUGGCAUGGAACCCCACCAAUGGCACCAAUCAACACAGGCUACAGUGAAGCUGUCGCAGACCUCAAGAAAGGAUUGUUGGAGACAGUGAAAUGUGACAAACACCAUGAACUCUCAGAUAUACCAGAGUUUCUUGAGUGGAUGAAGAGUCUCUGGAAAUCUGUAAAAUAUGAGAACUUCAUCUUUAGUUUCAGAAACACUCUUGUGGCUCAUGCCUACGACAACCUUUGCAAAGAGUUUCUUGAUUGGGAGUGGGAUUUCAAAAAAACUAUUCUUGCCUGGGAGACAGCAACAGAAUUGGAAAUUACCAAUGCUGAUGAUGAACUGGAAAUCCAAGCACUGAACAUGUUACUCGCAUCAAAAAAUUCCGAGGUGGCAGACAUAAUAGCAACUCAAGAAAUACAAAUGAAAGAAAAACUCCGGAACUACUACAAAAGAAAAGACAGACAUGUAAAUCUGAUAGAGAAAUACAAAAUGGACUUUUUCAAUAGUAUCACUGGGUUCGCAAAUGAAAUUAAACAGUCAAUGAGAAAUAAAGUUGAUUACGCCCUUGAGCAAAAAAUAAAUUUAAAAAAAGCUCUGGAAAUUCAGAAGGAAUACAGAGGGACCAUUGAAGAACGAGUGAUGAAACUCCUCAGUGACUGCAAACAUUCCACACUGUCUGACGAACAACUGACACAAGAGUUUGAAAGAAUGUGGGCUGCAAAUACUGUCAACGUGUCCUGUCUGAAAGCGCGGGAUAUAUCUGCAUACAUCCUGGAAGAACUGAGGAAAAAUUUCUUAAAUCAGAAUGUCAAUGAGGACUUGCAGAACAUUGAAGACCUAAAUGAAAUGGGAAAGGGUCCAUUUCAGACCAAACGCGAUCACCUGGACUCAUACAAGAAUCACUUCAGAGAGUUGUUCACCAGAGGUUUGCAGAACUUUGCCGACAACAUUAUUAAGACGUGCACAUCAUUUGUUUGUGACAAAGCAAAGACAAAAGGAGAUUAUCACGAUUCCUUCACCAGGGAUCUUCUGAAAAAAAUUGAUGACUCCGUCACUGAAAGCCGCAAGUGUCACAAAACAAGCAGACAGUUUGAGAUUGAUCUGAAACUUCACAUCUGUGGCAUUGCCUCAAGAGAAUUCUGCAAAAUGCAUAAGAAAUUCUUGGCAGCUCAUAAUCCGAAAACUCAGCUGGAGAAGUACAAGGAUCAGUACUUGUCAGAUUUUUUGGAUUUGUACAAACAGAGUGAUCAUUGCCAACGCAAAGCAACUGACUUUGCCCAGUGUUGUAUCAAGCCGGCCAUAGAGGAAUACAUAGAUAGAUCUCUGGGUAUUGACAUCGUGGAUGAAAUUUUGACAAGCUGCCAUUCACUGGAGUACAGUUCACGCUCAUUUUUCCAGUACAGCAUUUUAAAAGAGUUGCUGGAAAAGGAAAACUUCCAAAGUUAUGUCAAGUACAUUGACCAAUAUGAAAUUUUUGUUAAGGAUUGGAUAUUUCAGCACAUCCUGCAAAAAAUGUACGAGAACAACAGUUUGUCUAAACUCAGGAACAAGAAUCUACAGACGAUAUUCAGUAAAAUAAUGAAUGCAAUAGAUCAAGGCUCAAAAAGAGCAGAUAACACUUUGUUGCCAAAUACCAAUGAGAGCAUUCAAGAGCUGAUCACCAACAUGCGUAAAUGUUUGAUUAAAGACAUCACAUUAUCAGAGGAGGCUGAAAAACGCACCCUGUUCCAAAUUCGAAGCACAUGCCAUCCGUUUACUGAAUGCCUCAUUAAAUCCAUGAAUGAACUGAAGGAGCAACUUGAAGGCAAGUUUUCAAAUUCUGAAGACAUCUCUGAAACCUUGGAGAAACUUCCAAUCAAACCGCAAAAUGAGCUUUUCAGUCGGGUGUUCGGAUGUGGACAACAAUGCCCAUUUUGUAAAAUUCCCUGUGAGGCUGGAGGGAAAGAGCACACACAACAUCAUGCAGCUGUGCAUCGGCCACAAGGUUUAGGUUUCGGCAGAAAUGAAGACAAUGACAGACUCAUUGAAGUACUGUGCACAUCUGAUGUGUACAGUGAUAUGGCAUUUUGCACAGAGAAGACCAAUGAUGAGUUUCAUCCUUACAGAGAUUACAGGGUGUACUAUCCCGACUGGAGCAUUCCUGCAGACCCCUCUAUUGAAGCAUCUGACUACUGGAAGUAUGUCCUGGUGAAAUAUAACAAGAAGUUCGCUAAAGAAUAUGAAGCAAAACCAGCUGAUGUUCCAGAGGAAUGGAAAAAGAUCACAAAAGCACAAGCAUUGAAAGGCUUGAAGGAUGCGUUCAGCAUGAAUUAAACAAUGUACACUGAUUAUCAGCUGCACAGGAAAAAACAUGAAAGAGCCAGAAUUGAACAGAUUAGGAUUCCGAAUUCAA